AUGGUCGAAAAUGCCGAGCAGAAUUUAGAAGAGCAGCACAACAAUGAGCACAAUGGUGAUAUUUUGAAUAAUCAGGUGAGUACUGUAGGGGGGGAGGGCUUUAAAGGAACAUGGCUCAAAAAAUCUGGAAAAAAUCCGGUUGAAAAUGAGCUACAUACAGUAAUUUGGGAAAAAUUUCGAUUUUAAAGGGACAUGUGUUACUGUAGGGGACUUUAAAGGGACGUGACUUCAAAAUUCUCCACGAAAUUUUUAUCUACAGUAAGCUACAGUACUCACAAAUUUUGAAAAAAUGGAAUCGGUGCUGUACUGGGUUACUGUAGGCGUUUCAAAGGGACAUCACCUAGAAAAUCCGGCAAAAAUUGACCUACAGUAAUCCGGAAAAUCGCCAGGUUACUGUAGAAGCUACAAAAAUUGAUGUAUCUACAGUAAUCCUGUGAUUAUUUUUAUUUUUAGACCAAAUAAUUCGAGCUGUACCUUUAAAUAUUCCACAGUAACCUAGGAGUACUGUACCCAGGAGGAUUACUGUAGAUUAGGAUCAUAGUUUAACAAGUUUCCCUCAAGCCAUCUGUACCUUUAAAUAUUCUACAGUACCCAGGAGGAUUACUGUACCUCCCUUUAAAUCCUCUCGUUUUGCAGGAAUACGAUCAAAUACGGGUUCGUCUAGUUCGUGGUACAAAAUUGGGACGUCGCGACCUGUUCGGCGUCAUCUCACCCUACUGUCAAAUUCGUCUCGAGACCCUUCAGGGUACGGUAGUUGAAGAGGUGCAAACCGAGAAAAAGCGCAAAACCCGAAGUCCCAUCUGGAAUCAGAUUGUGAAUUUCAAAUUGGCGGCGCCACGUGCGGAAGAUGCGGAAGCGGAAAGGCGCGAGAAUUUGAAGAUUCGAAUUUUGGUUUUUGAUGAGAAUCGAUUGCGGAAAGAUCAGUUGAUUGGAUGGGUUGAGAGGCGAUUGGGAGAUUGUGGUGGGAUUGGAGAACAUGCGGAACAACCUGUGGAAUAUCAGAUACAGAGUCAGACGGGCAGAAAUGGAAAGUUAGUGAUAGGGAGGAGGGAGGGGAGAGAGACGCAGAGGAGCUAGGGGAGAGCAGAGGGGUUAGAGAGAUGGGAGAGAGUUAGAGAAGCUAGAUAUAAGUUAGAGAGCCUAGAGAGGCUAGAGAACGAGAGACGCAGAGAUAAUAGAGAGAGGUUGGAGAAGAUAUUAAUCAGGAAGACUAUAAGAGAGUUAGAGACGCUAGAGAAGGUUUAAGGGGUUAGAGACGCAAAGAUAAUAGAUGGCUAGAGAACCUGGAUCUUGUGAGAGACGCAGAGCCGCUAGAGAGAAGGUAGAGACGCAGAGAAGCCAGAGACACUAGAAGAGGGUUAGAGAAGCUAGAUAUGCUAGAGGCUGAUGUAGGUUAGAGACGCAGAGAUAAUAGAGAGAGGUUAGGGAAGCUAGAGACGCAGAGAAGCUAGAGACACUAGAAGUAGGUCAGAGACGCAGAGAAGCUAGAGAUUAUUCGGAAUAUAAGAGAGUUAGAGAAGCUAUAGAGGCAGAGAGGCUAGAGAGAGGUUAGAGACGCAGAGAAGCUACAGAGACACUAGAAGUAGGUCAGAGAAGCUAGAGACGCAGAGGAGCGAGGGACACUAGAAGUAGGUUGGAGAAGCUAGAGAACAUGAGGAUUUGAGAGACGCAGAGAUGCUUUAGAGAAGCUAGAGAUCAUUGGGUAUACAAGAGAAUUGGAGAAGCUAGAGACGCAGAGACGCUAGAGACACUAGAAGUAGGUUAGAGAAGCUAGAGACGCAGAGCCGCUAGAGAGAAGCUAUAGAAGGUUUAAGGGGUUAGAGACGCAGAGACAAUUAGAGCACCUAGAGAGUUAGAAGACCUGAAAGGUGUUAGAGACGCAGAGGAACCCAACACGCUCAGAUCUCUAGAGGCGCAGAGAAGCUAGAGAAACCAGAGAACCUGAAACUUGUGAGAGACGCAGAGGAGCUUAAUUUUCUGUAAUUUUUUCCUGAAAAUUAUGUUUUUUGGUCAAUUUUUCAAACACAAAAAUUGAAAAUAUUUAUUCUAAUUUAGCUUCAAGCCCAUAUCGUUGGAUAUACUGUCGAGAAUAAUUUCAAAAAAAUUACAAUAUUUUCGGCGUGAAAUAAACAGUUCCCUUCGCUGGAAUUGACCUGAAAAUCAGGAAAAAAUCGAUUUUCCCCUCGAAAAAUAGGCUAAAACCAACCUUUCUCAACAAAAAAUCAAUAAAAAUAGUGGAAAAGUGUAGAUUUUCCAAUGCAAAAAGUGUAAAUAAGCGAAAAAUGGGAGAGAACAGCAUGGGCGAGAGAGUGAGAGACGCCAGACAAACAGGGAAUGCAUUUUUAUGUGUAUUUCUCGAGGAAAACAAAAAAAAACAACGAAAAAAAAGAAAAAAAGAAAAAAAAACACCGUAGCCCAGUUAAAGGCGCACGCGAGAAAUUUGUGUGUCGCCGCGAGACCCGUGUGUACUUCUCCCGGACUUCUUUUCUUUUUUUUUCGAAAAUUUUUUGCGCGCUUCAAAAUUCAUGGUUUUUAGCGGGGAAACUUGGGUUUUCAGAGGGAAUUUGUUUAAAGGCGCAUGGAUUUGCGAGACUCAAGUUUUUCCAUGCGGGACCUGAAAAUUGCGAUUUUUCACGGGGGAAAAUGGGGUUUCACUCAAAACCUUAGUUUUUUCGCAUUUUUUCAAAAUUUUCUGAUUAAAGGCGGAUAUUUUUCGCUACAGGAGCCAAGUUUGUGUAGUUCUCUCGGAUUUUCAGCCAAAAAAAUCGAAAAUAAUUUUUUUUUUGCAGAUCUCUUGGCUCCCUGUUCAUCUCCUUUCAAUUUGUUCGCCAAUCCGACGAUCAAAAUAAUUCGAGUUCGGAGAAUUUGCAAAAUUCGCAAAUAAUUCCACGUGGCUGGGAGGAACGAGAAGACGGAAAUGGCCGAACUUUUUAUAUCAAUCAUCAUUUGAGAACAACACAAUGGGAUCGACCACCGUAAGCUGUUUUUGGGCUUUGAAAUGCGGAUUUUUGAAUUCCUCGUGAAAAAUUAGCCAGGAAACAUGUUUUUCUGGCUCUCUAGCGUUAAAAUUGAUAUAUGGCCGAGUUUUUUGGAUUUCUAGGCCAUGAGGUGGAAAGUUAGGCCACGUUGAGCUUUGGAGGCGAAAUAAGUUUUUUCGGGAUCAGAAAAUCACUGGGAAUCUCAUGGAAACAUGAAAAAUAACAGAUGGCCGAGUUUUUUGGAUUUCUAGGCCAUCGAAUUGGUUUUCUAGGCCAUGGUGAAAAAUUAGGCUUGUUUGGUGUUUUCUGAGUCAGAAAAUCAUGAGGAACACGAUGAGAGUAUUAAAAUUUCAAAAUAUAACCGAGUUUCGGAUUUCUAGGCCAUCGAUUUGGUUUUCUAGGCCAUAGGCUAAAAUUAGGCUUGUUUGGUGUCUUUCGAAGCGGAUUUUCAUGAAAUUUCCGAAUUUUCCAAUUUCAGGACGGAUUUGGAUGUUGUUACGGAGCAAUCAGUGAUUGAAGAGACUCGAAGACGCAGAGAUAAUUAUGAACAUCGAAGUCAGGUGACAGAUGAGCCAGAAAUCACCACAGCUCUGCCAGUGACUCAGGAAUUGACUGCGGUAAGUGAUUUUUGGCGGGAAAUUUGGGAAUUUUGUGAAAAUUUGGUCAAAAAUGCUUGAAAAUCAUGUUUUUUGCUCAAAAACUCGAAUUUUUGUGCCAAAAUUGCCGCUUGUUGCUCAUUUUAUAUAUAUUUACCUCGAAAAGCAUUGCUCAUCCUAGUUUUUUCCCAUUUUUCAGCCAAAAAUAGAGGGAUUACUAGACUACUGUACAUCCCUUUAAAUAAUUUAUUUUUUUGGUCAUUUUUUUGGACAUCCCCCCAAAAAUAUACUAAUACUAGUAUAUUUUUUUCCAAUUUUCCAAUUUUUGACCAAAAAAAGGUCCAAAAAACACAUUUGGGAAAUUUUUGAGCAAAAAUUUUAAUAUGAGCAAUGCUUUUUGAACCAGAAAUUUGAAUUUUCUGAAAAUUGUUAAUAUGAGCAAUAUAUUUCCACGUGUCAAAAAAUUUUCCAAAAAAUCUGAAUUUUCUGAAAAUUUGGUAAUAUGAGCAAUGCUUUUGAGCUUAAAAAAUUUGAAUUUUCUAAAAAAAGUUUGUUAAUAUGAGCAAUAUAUUUCCACGUGUCGAAAUUGUCUGAAAAAUUUGAAUUUACCUUCAAAAAAUGCGCAUUUCUUUAGAAAUUCUAAUUUUUCACCCAUUUCUCUCUGCGUCUCCACUAUUUCCAUACUAUUUCUCUCAUUUUUCGUAUUUCGUUUUUUGAUUUACUCAUCCUUUGUGUUCGACACAAGAAAAAUUGGAGAAGAGCAAAUAUUUGACGAUUUUUUUUGCUUUGAAACUGGUUUUUUUGUUCAACUUCCCGUGUAAACUGUGAAAGCUGAAACAUGUGCGAAGAAAAUCAAUUUUUUUUUGAAAAAAUGUUUUUUUUUGACACGUGGCAGAGGGUUUUUGGCGCCAAAAUUUGAAAAUUUUCGCAAUUUUUGAAAAUUUCAGUCAAAAAUUAAAAUUUCGGAAAUUUGCUCCAUUUUUUCAUGAAAAACAUGCCACGUGGCAUUUUUAGCGCCUGAAUUUUUAAAUUUUUUGAAAAAUUUAUUUUUGGCGCCAAUUUUGGACCAUCAAAUUGAAAAAAAAUUGCCACGUGGCAGAGAGUUUUUUUGCUCCAAAAUUCAAAAAUUUUCGCAAUUUUUGAAAAUUUCUGAAAUUUGUUCCAAUUUUUCUUGAAAAAUAUGCCACGUGGCAUUUUUAGCGCGAAAUUCAAAAAUUUCGAAAAUUUGAAUUUUGGCGCCAAUUUUGGACCUUCAAAUUGAAAAACAAUUUGCCACGUGGCAGAUAGUUUUUUGCUCCAAAAUUCAAAAAUUUUUGCAAUUUUUGAAAAUUUCUGAAAUUUUCUCAAAUUUUUCAUGAAAAAUAUGCCACGUGGCAGAGGGUUUUUGGCGCCAAAAUUCAAAAAAUUUCGAAUUUUUCUUAGUUUACUCAUUUUUUGCUCCAAAAAAUGCAAUUUUUCCAAAUUUUUCCCAAUUUUUCUCUGCGUCUCUCAUUUUUUCACACUAUUUCUCUCUCUCUUCCCGUUUUUUUUUUGCUUAUUCUAAAUACAAACAAAGCACAAAAACUAUAGAUAGAUAGCUACAAAAAAAUUUUAGUCACUUUUUUUUUUGUUUACCCAACAUUUUUUUGAAGAAUAAUUUGUACUAUUUUUUGAAAAUUUUUAAAAAAUUUGGCUGAAAAUUCUAGAUUUUUAGCUCAAAAUUAGGUAUUUUCAACAAUUUUUGAGCUGAAAAUGAGCUCUGAGCUCAUUUUUUCAAAAUUUUCCAAAUUUCCCCCAAAGGAUUAAUUUUUGGACACACAUUAUCCUAUUUUUGGCCAAAAAUUUCAUUUUUGGACCUUUUUUUUUGUUUCAAAAGGAAAAAAAUGGAAAAAAAAGUGCAAAACAAGGGUGGAAUAAUUUUCUGGAAUUUUUUUUUGUCUUUUUUUGAGAGCUCUCCUUGUUUUUGCACUUUUUUCCGGUGAUUCAUUUUUUCUGCUUUUUUGAGCUGAAAAAUAGAGUUUUAGUGAAAUUUUCGAAUUUUUUAGAGCUGAAACUGAAAUUUUCGGAUUUUUUGAAGCUGAAACUGAAUUUUCAAGAAAAUUUUAAAAUUUCAAAUUUUUGGAAAAUGGAAAAAUCCACGUGGCAAUAAUUUUCGCCCAAAAAAAAUUUAAAAAUAUUUUUUUUCAUAAAUUACAUUUUCGCGCUAAUUUUUUUUCAAAUUUUGAAUUUCGCGUAAAAAAAUCCACGUACAACUGAAAAUUUCAGAAAAAAAAUGAUUUUCAAAAUUUUUGCAAGAAUUUCAGAUUUAUUUGAGCUGAAACUCAAUUUUUUGAAAUUUUCAGACCUUUUUAAAAUUUUUUGAACAAAAUAAGCUUUUAAACUGAAUUUUUGAAUUUUUUUGCUCAAAAAAAUGAUUUUCAAAUUUUUUGAGCUGAAACUGAAAUUUUCGGAUUUUUUGAGCUGAAAAACUAAUAUUUGAAUUUUUUCUGAAAAUUUGCAGAUUUUUUUCAAAUUUUUAGAACAAAAUAAGCUUUUAAACUGAAUUUUUGAAUUUUUUUGCUCAAAAAAAUGAUUUUCAAAUUUUUUGAGCUGAAACUGAAAUUUUCGGAUUUUUUGAGCUGAAAAACUAAUUUUUGAAUUUUUUCUGAAAAUUUGCAGAUUUUUUCAAAUUUUUAGAACAAAAUAAGCUUUUAAACUGAAUUUUUGAAUUUUUUUGCUCAAAAAAAUGAUUUUCAAAUUUUUUGAGCUGAAACUGAAAUUUUCGGAUUUUUUGAGCUGAAAAACUAAUUUUUGAAUUUUUUCUGAAAAUUUGCAGAUUUUUUUCAAAUUUUUAGAACAAAAUAAGCUUUUAAACUGAAUUUUUGAAUUUUUUUUUGCUUAAAAAAAAUUAUUUUCACAUUUUUUGAACUAAAACUGAAAUUUUCGAAUUUUUUGAGCUGAAGCUCAAUUUUUCUGAAAUUUUGAGAAUUUUUAAAAAUGAUUUUCAGUUUUUUUUGAAUUUCAACUUUUUAGAGCCAAAAAAAUAUUGCUCAUAUUAUAUAUUUCCUAUUUUCUUGCAGAUCGACGACGCGAUGCGUGCAAAUUUCGCAGGCGAGAUCGCCGCGGCGACAAGUCGCGACGACGCGGCGUCGCGGCUUCCGGACGGCUGGGAUCAACAAAUCGCGCCCAACGGCCGCACAUUCUUCAUCGACCACCGCACAAAGACAACAACUUGGACAGAUCCGCGAACCGGCCGCGUCGCAGCCGCCGCGAAUUCCGCGCGGAACGGCGCGUCAACGACGCGCGGAAAAACCGACGAUGAAAUUGGCGCGUUGCCAGCUGGAUGGGAACAACGAUUUCAUGUGGAUGGACGCGUGUUUUUUAUCGAUCAUAAUAGGCGACGAACUCAGUGGGAAGAUCCGAGAUUUGAAAAUGAGAGUAUUGCCGGGCCUGCGGUACCGUAUUCAAGGGAUUAUAAGCGGAAGGUAAGCGGAAGGAUGCGCGGAACAUUUUGACACCAAAUAUGCCUAGGCUUAGGCUUAGACAUAGGCUUUUCCAGAAAUUUAGGCCCAUCCUCAGGCCUGGCCUAAACCAAACUACAGUAUAGUUUUAUCAAAAAAUCAUUCAAUAGUUGCAAUUAUACCAGAUUUUCUUCUUUUUUGACCUAUAAUAUACAACAUUAUAGAACUCUCCAAUAGUUUUCCAAAAAGCCGAAUGACUGUUAAAAUUGGACCAUAAUUCUGAAAAAAAAAACAUUUGUAUAGGUAAACUAGACUCUAGUUACCGCAAGUUCGCCGAAAUAAAAGCGGAGUAUGUAACUUGACAUCAAUUCGAAAAUGAAGGAGGAUAACCCGUCGGUUAUUGAGAGAAUGUUGGCCUGGAAGAGAGAAACCGCAAGGUUCCGCGUUCCGCGUAGGCCACGCGGAUUUCUAUGACGCGGAAACCGUACUGAUAGCAAUCCGCGUGGCCGCUGAAGCAGAAGAUUGUGCCGCUGACGCGGAAGCUUGCGGUCUACCGCUACCUUUCUCAAAUUCGAACCACAUUCCCGAUUCCGCCAAUAAAUCCACGCAAGCUUCCAACACAACAAAAAUGAGAAGAAAUAAUUAAGUACCCCAUAGAUACAUGUCACAUAGGCACUAUAUAUCUUGUAACUCUCUGGAGCCACACACAUGAAUGAUUUGCAGCCCGGAGUUAGCGGAAGUUUGAAAUUUAGCGUUGUGAAGUAGUGGCUCUAGAAGAGCUAUGAGAGUUAGAAGAAGUAGCAUUUUGACACUGGAAAACUUCCAGCGAUAAUUGUAGAAGAGAAUUGGGAAGUAGGUGGCCUGCGAAAAAAUUGAGAUUGACCGCGACGCAACACGCAACGCGCGUCUAACCAACCAGAAAUCUUUCAAUAGCAAUAAAAGCUGCUAGAAAUGUUCGAAGUGUCAUUGAAGUGCCCAAAAUUAUUCCUGUGAAAAUAAAUGCACUAAAAUAUUCAUUAUAAUAAUUGCCCAUAAACACUGGGAUACAUGAAAUGAAGAAGAUUAUAUCUGAAAAUAAGUUUUUUUUUCCUGGGCGAAAAUUGGAGUUGGACUAACUUGCCACUCCUAGAAUAAUGUCUAUGAUGGUUCGGAGGAAUAUUGAUUGGAAUUCGAGUUUUUUCAUGGUUUUUGAAGUGCUGGAACAAGUUUUGUAUUCCGCGAGCUUCCGCGUCAGAUUCCACGCGGAAAAAAGUUCUCAAGACGCGGCUCCUUGACAAGCAGGUUCUCAAGGCGCCGCUGCUUGACAUAGAAGUUCUCAAGGCGCGGUUCCUUGACAUAGAAGUUCUCUAGGCGCCGCUCCUUGACAAUUAGGUUCUCUAGGCGCCGCUCCUUGACAAUUAGGUUCUCUAGGCGCCGCUCCUUGAAAUAGAAGUUCUCAAGGCGCGGCUCCUUGACAUAGAAGUUCUCAAGGCGCGGCUCCUUGACAUAGAAAUUCUCAAGGCUCGGCUCCUUGUCUCAGAAGUUCUCAAGGCUCGGCUCCUUGUCUCAGAAGUUCUCUAGGCGCCUCCCCUUGACAAUAAGGUUCUCAAGGCUCGGCUCCUUGACAAAGAAAUUCUCAAGGCGCGGCUCCCUGACAUAGACGUUCUCAAGGAGCGGCUCCUUGACAUUGAUGUUCUCAAGGCUCGGCUCCUGACAAUUAGGUUAUCUAGGCGCGGCUCCUUGACAUAGAAGUUCUCAAUGCUCGGCUCCUUGACAUAGAAAUUCUCAAGGCGCCUCCCCUUGACAAUAAGGUUCUCAAGGCGCCUCUCCUUGACAAGCAGGUUCUCAAGGCGCGGCUCCUUAACUUACACCAUAACUGUAAUUAUUUUUGCAUUUGAUAGUAUAAGCAGAAUGCCAAUAAUUGUCCCAAAACUGAUACAAAUCCACUGGGAAAUUUGUGACGUCAUCAUUUUCAAAAUUUAAAUUAACAGAAAAUAAAAGAGAAAAAAAUGAAAAUCAUAUGAUAAAUUCUUAAGGUAUCUGAAGCGGAAUGAUUUUAAGCCAAAUUAGCGAAAAGCUCAUAAGCCUGAAAAAGCCCCAGGCUUUGGGCCCGAGGAGAAAAUUAGGCCUACGCCCAUCUUGCAGGUCGAAUAUCUGCGAAGUCGCCUACCAAAACCCAACAGCUCCAGUGGAAAAUGCGAUAUGAUUGUACACCGUGACACACUUUUCGAGGAUUCCUACCGGCAGAUUAUGGAUAAGGUAUGUUCCUUUAAAUUUUAGGCGCCAAAAAUCCAAUUUCCAGAAGGACCACGAGCUGCGCAACAAGCUAUGGAUCGAAUUUUUCGGCGAAACCGGUCUGGACUACGGUGGAGUGACACGUGAAUGGUUUUUCCUCCUAUCCCAUCAGAUUUUCAACCCCUAUUAUGGUCUUUUCGAAUAUUCCGCAACUGAUAAUUAUACACUACAAAUCAAUCCGCAUUCCGAGGCUUGUAAUCCAGAACAUUUGUCGUAUUUUCAUUUUAUUGGAAGGGUUAUUGGAAUGGCGAUUUAUCAUGGGAAAUUGUUGGAUGGUAGGCAUUUUUUGGAGCAUUUUGAUACCAAACAUGAGUAUUAAUAUGAGCAAUGAGGUUUCUGCGUCUCUAACUUCUCUCUGGUUGUCUAGCCUUCUUUGGCCUUUUCGGGAUCUCUAGCUCUCUAGUUUUGCUGGGUCUCUAACCUGUCUACGAUCUCUAGCUGUCUAGCUUCUCUGCGUCUCUAAAUUCUCUAUGAUCUCUAGCUGUCUAGCUUCUCUGCGUCUCUAACCUUCUAGUUUUUCUAGCUGCCUAGCUCCUCUGUGUCUCUAACCUUUUCCAUGUUCUCUAGUUGCAUCUCUAGCCUUCUUAUGAUCUCUAAUCAUCUAGCUCCUAUGCGUCUCUAACCUUUUUUAUGGUGUCUAGCUACCUAGCUCCUCUGUGUCUCUAACCUUUUCCAUGUUCUCUAGUUGCAUCUCUAGCCUUCUUAUGAUCUCUAAUCAUCUAGCUCCUCUGUUUCUCUAACCUUUCUAUGAUGUCUAGCUUUCUAGCUCCCAUGCGUCUCUAACUUCUCCUGAUGUCCCCUGGUUGUCUAGCUCCUCUGCGUCUCAAACUUCCUUAUGAUCUCUAAUCAUCUAGAUUCUCUGCAUUCUCUACCCCUCUCUCGCUUCUCUAAUCCUCUCACCAUCUCUCAAUAUUUUGCAGCCUUCUUCAUCCGUCCCUUCUACAAAAUGAUGUUGGGCAAAAAGAUCACCCUGUUCGAUAUGGAAUCCGUCGACAAUGCCUACUACAAUUCCCUAAUCUAUGUCAAAGACAACGAUCCCGAAAAUCUCGAACUCACAUUUUCAGUCGAUGAUUCGAUAUUUGGAGAGACGCAAACUGUUGAACUGAAACCCGGUGGAGCUGAAAUUGCGGUGACUGAAGAGAAUAAGGAACAAUAUAUUGAGGCGGUUAUUAAUUGGAGAUUUGUGGCACGGGUUGAAAAACAGAUGACACAUGUGUUGAGGGGAUUGCAUGAGGUGAGUUGGAAUAACUUCUUGCGCGCGGCCGCUGCGCGGAAGAGAGUGCCGCUGACGCGGAAGCUUGCGGUCUACACUCGAUCCGCAAGCUUCCGCGUGGCGGCCACGUGGAUUACGCGGAAUAUCAGUACGAUUUUUUCGAAGUCAUAGCUAUCCGCGUGGCCGCUGCGCGGAAGAUAGUGCCGCUGACGCGGAAGCUUCCGGUUUAUACUCGCUCCGCUCGGAGAAUUGCUCAUUUUAGUCAAAAAAUCGUGAAAAGUUCAAAAAAAUGAUCAAUUUUGGCUGAGAAUUGCUUAAAAUUGAUGAAUUUGAGCUGAAAAUGCUCAUUUCAGUUAGAAAAUCUUGAAAAUUGUUAAAUUUCGAUCAGAAUUGCUCAUUUUGAGCUGGAAAUGCUCGUUUCAGUCGAAAAAUUGCAGAAAAUUCUUAAAUUUCGAUCAGAAUUGCUCAUUUUAAACAAAAAUGCUCCAAUUUUGCAUAGAAAUGCUUAUUUUCAUCAGAAAAUCUUGAAAAAUGCCCAAUUUUGCAUAGAAUUGCUCAUUUCAAUCAGAAAAUCAUGAAAAAUGCCUAAUUUUGAUCAGAAUUGCUCAUUUUAAGCUGAAAAUGCUCAUGAAAAUCUUGAAAAAUGCCCAAUUUUGCAUAGAAUUGCUCAUUUUGAGCAGAAAAUCUGGAAAAAUGCCUGAUUUUGCAUAAAAUUGCUCAUUUUAAUAAGAAAACCUUGAAAAAUGCCCAAUUUCGCAUAGAAUUGCUCAGUUUGAGCAGAAAAUUCAAUAUUCGCCACAAAAUUCUUGAAUUUUGAUUAGAAUUGCUCAAUUUUGCUGAAAAUUAAUGAAUUUGAGCUGAAAAUGCUCAUUUUGAUUUGAAAAUUGCUCAUUUCAAACAAAAAUUGCUAGAAAUGACUCUAUUUGGUCAAAAAUUGCUCAUUUCGAUAAGAAAAUCUUGAAAAAUGCCCAAUUUUGCAUAGAAUUGCUCAUUUUAAUUAGAAAAUAUUGAAAAAUGCCCAAUUUUGCAUAGAAUUGCUCAUUUUUAACAAAUAUUGCUAAAAAUGCCUAAUUUAGGCUCAGAAUUGCUCAUUUCAGUCAGAAAAUGUUGAAAAAUGCCCAAAUUUACAUAGAAUUGCUCAUUUUGAGCAAUAAAUUCAGAAAAUUGCCUAAUUCUGCUGAAAAUUGCUCAUUUUGAGCUGAAAAUGCUCAUUUCAGUCUGAAAAUCUUGAAAAAUGCUCAAUUUCGCUCGGCAUAGCUCAUUUUGAGCUGAAAUUGCUCAUUUUAAUCAGAAAGUUCAGAAAAAUGCUCAAUUUUGCAUAGAAUUGCUCAUUUUGAGCUGAAAAUGCUCAUUUCAGUCGGAAAAUUGCAGAAAAUUCCAAUAUUUCGAUCAAAAUUGCUCAUUUUUAACAAAAAUGGCUAAAAAUGACUCCAUGUGCUCAAAAAUUGCUCAUUUCAAUCGGAAAAUCUUGAAAAAUGCUCAAUUUCACUCAUCAUUGCUCAUUUUAAUCAUAAAUUGCUUGAAAUUGAUGAAUUUGAGCUAAAAAUGCUCAUUUCGAUCAGAAAAUCCAAGUUUCAGAGCAAAAUUCUUUAUUUCGGCUCAUUCUAAUCAAAAAUUGCUCAUUUCAAUCAGAAAAUCUGGAAAAAUGCUCAAUUUUGCAUAGAAUAGCUCAUUUUGAACUGAAAAUCAUGAAAAAUGCACCAAAAAUGCUCCAAUUGUCUUCAGGUUGUCCCAUCAAAUCUGCUGCGUUUAUUCGAUGCCAACGAACUCGAGCUGCUAAUGUGUGGCCUCCAAAAAAUCGAUGUGAAAGAUUGGAAAGCGAACACGAUCUACAAAGGCGGAUAUGGUCCAAGCUCGCAAGUUGUUCACAAUUUCUGGAAAUGCAUUUUGAGCUUCGACAAUGAGAUGAGAGCUCGUGUAUUGCAAUUUGUAUCAGGAACAUCGCGGGUUCCGAUGAAUGGAUUCAGAGAAUUGUAUGGAUCGAAUGGUCUGCAGAAGUUUACGAUUGAACGAUGGGGAAGUCCCGAUAUGUUGCCGAGAGCUCAUACAUGGUGAGGAAUAGUGGGGAAAUUUGAAAUUUUCAUGAAAUUUUGACCUUGGCAGUGGUUUUCGGGGCUCAAAAUGCUCAUUUUUGAGGUUUUGCUCGAAUUUUAGGCCGGGGAACGUUUUUCUGGCUUCAGAAGGGCUGUUUUUCGGCUCUGAAGAGCUUGGGGACUAGAAAUCCAACUCUGUGGCCUAGAAAUCCAAUUUUUCGGUUUUCUAUGUCAGUUUUUGAGCCCAGGAGCGUUUUUCUGGCUUCAAAAGGGCUGUUUUUGGUCCUAAAAACAUCGAGGGACUAGAAAUCCAAUAUUUGUGGUUUUCUAGGUCAUUUUUUCGAAUUAGGCUUAAAUUUUGAUCUUGGGAGCAUUUUUCUGGGCUCAAAAUGCUCUUUUUUGGCUCUGAAGAGCUUGGGGACUAGAAAUCCAACUCUGUGGCCUAGAAAUCCAAUUUUCCGUUUUCUAAGUCAGUUUUUGAGCCUGGGAGCAUUUUUCCAGGCUCAAAAUGCUCUGAAAACUUUGGGGGACUAGAAAUCCAACUCUGUGGCCUAGAAAUCCAAUUAUUUGGUUUUUUUGCAGCUUCAAUCGCUUGGAUUUGCCACCGUACACAACAUUCCCCGAACUUCGUCAAAAAUUAAUAACUGCUAUCGAGAAUUCGGAAAUUUUCAGUGGAGUUGAUUAAUUUUGUCUUAGGACCUUAAUUAGGGCCUUAAUUAAGACCCUAAUUAACAUUCCCUAAUUUUAGAUUUCAUAUUUUUUGUGGUAUUUUUCAAAUGUGAUUCGAUUUGUUUCCUUUCGUUUUUAUUUCUGAUGCCAGAGAUUUUUCCAGAAUUUUCAGUUUUUUUUUGUCUGAAAAUCUCCUGAAUACCGGUUUUUUUGAAAUUAUGAUAAUUUUCUUUUUAACCCUACUUACGAUAAAUUUUCGAAAAACAAUGUUCCCCUUCACCCGGUCCCACCAAAUUGGCGAAACGAUAUUAUGAUCUCUAACCUGGUGGAAAAAGUUCCCCACCCAUGGGGCUUACUAAAAAAAAUUGGGCCGAUUCUGAGAUCAUUACUUUUUUGUCCGAGCCUCUGUUGUAAAGUUUACGUUUUUACAAAUAGUGUCUUUUAAAUUCAAGGUUUUCCUGAUUAAAAUCUUGAAAACUCUUGAUUUUAUCAGGUUUUUAUUUGAAUUUCAACGGGGUUUCAAUCAAAACUUGGAAUUUUCAGGUGAUUUCUGCAAUAAACAUAGUCAGGAAAGUUAUUGUUCAAGAUUUGAUGUCGUUGUUGGUAAGUUUUUGAAUUUUAAUGAAAACUUGCAUGAAUUUCUGGAAUUGUGAUUUGAAACUAAUAAAAUUUCUAUUUUUCUUGAUUUUCUUUGUGAAAAUCUUGAAAAAUUGAUGAUUUUAUGAGUUACAAAUUGGAAUUUCAGCGGAGAUGCGGAAGCUAUGCCCAAUUUUUGAAUUUUUAGAGAAAAACUUUGAAUUUUCGAAUAAAUUAAGUGAAGUGAACCUUUUUUCAGAUCAAUAUGAACAAUUCAAAGUAUUCGAGCAACAAUUCAAAGUUAUUGUUCAAGAUUUGAUUUCGUUGUUGGUAAGUUUUUGAAUUUUAAUGUUUCAGUCAGUUGGUGGACGACUAGAUUGUAAGUGAUCCCUAGGGUCCCUAAGGUUUCUUAGAAAAUUCUAACUAACCUUGUCCUUUCCAACGGAGUUUUGACACUUGUCUGUAGGAGGCUAUGGGGCGAAUUGGGCGAAAAGCUUUGCUUUAUAGAAGCUAACCAAGGUUGAGUAUUCUGAAAUCAAUACAAUUUUGAUCGGUGUCGAGACAAUUGAAGUACGGUAACGAAGAAUAAUUAACGGAGUGAAACAAUCAAGCAAAGAGAGGUACAAGAUAUGUAAGAGAAAUAAACGGAUGUCAAGAUUGCGAUGGGAAAUCGGCUGGAUCAAAGACGAAGACACUUGACGGAUGUCAUUAAGAAUUAUCGAUAUGAGUUCGAUUCAUUAGUAUUUCGGAGUCACAGUUUGUGGUUUAUUGACGUCAGAAUUUCCCUGGAUUCGGCUGACUCGAUGUCAAACCUUGUUGGUUCUCAAUAUUCCACGUGGGCCGAGGCUGAGUCAGAGCAGCUGGUCCCUUCUGGCCUUGUAGCUAUCCUAGGUUUAGGUACUAGAGAGUUGGGAUAGAUAUACAGUCGCGAGCUGUAUCUCUAUCAGAGUACAAAUGAACUUCUUAGAGUGGUGUUCAACAAAAGAAAAUUAACGUAUCUUAUCUCCCUAGGUGUUAGGUAUACUCCUAGACAGAUGUGGAUGUCAAGUGGAUUCUGCUGUCCUCCAACAUCUGUCUCUACUAAUGUGAGACUUUACUAAGUUUAGAAUUUUAACAAGAGAAUUUUUAUGUUCCGUAAAAACGGACAUUCAAUUUUUGAAAAUUAUUUUUAUUUUAUAAAGCCUCACGGGAAGAAUUCGCUUCAAAUGAUGUGACGAUGGUGGUGGUUCGUGGAGCUCACAUGGAAUUCGUGGCACAUGGCUCUUUUAAGUGGGCAUACGUGGGUGGCGCCAUUACGGACGGAAGUUGCACAUCCACUGAAAGUUCAGUAUUUUAUUUAAUUGUUUUAAGUUGUUUGAAAAGUUGACUUACGCGCAAUGUCCCUUCAACUCCAUGUGCCACUUGCGCAAAGCGCUAUACGGAUAAAAUGGGCAAAGUCGGGUUGGAUGCGAAGUCUUUGAGCACACUUGGCAAUUCAAUACGGAAUCUCUUGGAUUUCGCAGAGUAGGUGGAUGUAGAAUAUGUUGUCAUCUUUCUCCUUUUGUUCUAGUAAUCCAUAUUGGUUGUUGAUCAUACGGACGAUUUUGGAGUAUUCAUUUUCUCGCACUUGAUCUGACAAGUCCAUUAUUUCAAGUGUGUAUUCGGAUCUACGGAGGUCGUACUUGUUGAUGGUGUUUUCGAUCGCUUGUUGAGUUACUGUUUCUCUUUCAUGUCUCGGCAUUUCUUGGUAGAGAUCGACUAUUUCUUUCAUUCCAGUUGUUGUGGAGUACGGAGUUUGUGUGAGAAUGUUUUCGACGCAGUGUGCCAUUUCUCCCUCCAGCCAGUUUCUGUAAAAGGUAAAUUAGGAGUGAGUUGGUGGUUCAGUGGUAGGUUUUUUGAAGUUUAUAAAGAAAUAUUGAGAGUGAAAAAGAGUUUUGAUCUUUCAAGUAAAGUUUACCUUCUCCAAUCAUACGGACGAGUGUCUUGCAAGCUGGCUGAAUCAAAUCGAUCCGACAUGUUGAGUACGGACUAAUUCACACGCGAAUUUUCGAAUAAUCAAACAAUGAACUCGGAAUCAACAAGAAGUUUUAUUGACUCAUCCAAACACCAAUAAACAUUAACAAUUUUCGAAGUGCAAAACAAUACAACAAUCGGUGAACAACAAAUAAUGAAGAAAUUUAGGCGAGCGAGAGAAUUGUUGUAGGAGAGUGGGCGUGGCUUUGUGUGUUUGUGUGUCUCGACGCGACAAGGCGGCCAGGCGGCGAUUCAAAUGUGGGGGCGAUUCAAAUUGUGUUUUUUCUUCUUCUCCGCUACAUUUGUCCAUUUCUCCACAAUAUAACGAGCAAAGAAGGAGUUGUUAGAUUCUUGAUAUUGUUGUGUGGCUUCAUAGUGUUGUUUUGAUUGAUGUUUUGUGGGUUGUCGGUGUUUUGGUGAUGAUGAGAGCAAUGAAUUUGGUUGAAAAUGCAUAGCAUUUUUGACAGAAACUGAUAAAAUUUCUAUUUUUCUUGAUUUUUUUGUUGAAAAUCUUGAAAAAUUGAUGAUUUUAUGAGUUACAAAUUGGAAUUUCAGCGGAGAUACGGAAGCUAUGUCCAAUUUUUGAAUUUUUAGAGAAAAACUUUGAAUUUUCGAAUAAAUUAAGUGAAGUGAACCUUUUUUCAGAUCAAUAUGAACAAUUCAAAGUAUUCGAGCAACAAUUCAAAGUUAUUAUUCAAGAUUUGUUGGUAA